AUGCAUGCCUGUGUUGGAUAUGAUCCUGCAGACAAUUAUCUCAUAGACUGUGGAUCAUCCACAGUCACUACGGUUGGUGAUCGCUCAUUCUUGCCCGACGGCUUGUUCUCAUCUUUCCUCUCUGUCUCACAGUACACUCUUGCAAACACCACCGCCGCCGCCCUGCCAACAUCCAUCACCGCCACCGUGCAAUCACCCCUCUAUCUGACUGCCGCAAUCUUCAACAAAACCUCAACAUACACUUUCCCAAUUCGCCGCAGGGGCCGACUCUGGAUCCGUCUCUACUUCUUCCCUUUCGUUUAUGGAAAUUACAAUCUGAGCACAGCCCAUUUCUCUGUUUCCGCCCAAAAUCACCUCCUCCUCGCCAACUUCAACCCCAUUGCCAACGCUUCCACUCUCAAGGAGUACUCCAUAAACGUCACGACAGAUACUCUGGUCAUCACCUUCACCCCUUCCCAUCAUUCACUCGCCUUCUUAAGCGCCCUGGAAGUUGUUUCGGUGCCCGACGAUCUCAUUACCGACGAGAAUGUCCGCGGUUUCUCGUCGUGGACUUUUCAAGGCCUUCCGAACCAGGCCUUGGAGACCAUUGCACGAGCAAACAUUGGGACGACAACAUACCUCCCCCAGAAUGAUGACCUCUGGCGAACUUGGCUUGCUGGUAGGAAUUUCUUGCUUCAAGGAGAUAAUCUAGCCACACAUUAUGUGACAAACAUCACUGCUGUCAAGUACGUAGCAGGUGGGCCGACCAGAGACAUUGCUCCUGAAUUCGUUUACGGCACCGCUGUGGUAUUGAACUCCACAGAAGAUCCCAGUAGUAAUCAUUUAUACAUUACAUGGCAGUUCAUAUUGGAUUUGGGGUAUCGGUACCUUCUUCGAUUUCACUUUUGUAAUAUAUUGGCUGGUUCUGCAGAGCUCUCUUUCGCUGUUUAUAUUGAUUCUUGGCUUGUUACUCGCGCCUCGGAUUUCAGAAGAGCCAAUGCUUCUGGUGCUCCGUUUUAUUUUGAUGUGGUUACUGAUCCAACUCAAGAAAGUCUGAUUUGUGUGAGCAUAACCCCUUCAUUCGUUCGAGUCAAAGAUCCCAUUGGCAUUCUAAAUGGGGUUGAAAUCAUGAAACUGAACAAUUCCUUAGGAAAUUUGAGCGAGGCAACCUCAGAUUUAAACGCAACUAAGGGAGGUAACGUGAUUGUGAUAGUAGGUGUAAGUAUUGGUGUGUUAAUUAUUGUUGCAUUGGUUGGUAUUUUCUUUUGGAUGAUCAGAAGAAAAAGAAAAAAAAUAGCACCACUGAAAAAUUUGAAGACAAAGACCUCUUUGUUUGUGACUAGUGGAAAUGCCAAAACCACCGGAGGUAAGCAUGAUGCAGACUCGACGUAUUGGUUUCCCAUUGUUGCUAUUGAAGAGGCCACAAACAACUUUGAUGAGACUCGGGUGAUAGGAAUUGGUGGCUUUGGGAAGGUUUACUUGGGAGUCCUACGCGAUGGAACAAAAGUGGCCGUUAAGCGGUCAAAUCCUCAGUCCAAGCAAGGCCUUGCAGAGUUCCAAACUGAAAUUGAGCUGCUAUCUCAAUUUCGUCAUCGCCAUUUGGUUUCUUUAAUUGGGUAUUGUGAUGAAAAGAAUGAGAUGAUUUUGAUUUAUGAAUACAUGGAGAAUGGCACUCUCAAAAGUCAUUUAUACGGUUGCGAGUUGCCGAGCUUGAGUUGGAAGGAGAGGCUUGAGAUAUGCAUUGGAUCAGCUAGAGGUCUUCACUAUCUUCACACUGGUUCUAUAAAACCAGUUAUUCAUCGUGAUGUAAAGUCUGCAAAUAUUUUGCUUGAUGAACACCUUAUUGCUAGGGUUGCAGAUUUUGGGCUUUCAAGGACAAUACCUGAGAAUGAUCAAACCCAUGUGAGUACCGCAGUGAGAGGGACAUUUGGCUACCUUGAUCCUGAAUAUUUUAAAAGGCGACGACUAACAGCAAAAUCUGAUGUGUAUUCAUUUGGGGUGGUUUUAUUUGAAGUUCUUUGUGCAAGACCCGUGUUAGACUCAUCCCUUUCUGAGGAAAUGGAGGAUUUAGCUGAGUGGGUGAUGAAGAAGCAGAAGACAGGACAAUUGGAGCAAAUAAUAGAUCCUAACCUUGUGGGAAAAAUAAAACAAGAUUCACUUAGGAAGUUUGUUGAAACAGCUGAGAAAUGCUUGGCUGACCAUGGUGCCGAUAGACCUUCUAUGGAAGAAGUUUUGUAUAAUCUAGAGCAUGCACUUCAACUUGAGGAGAUUGUUGUUGAAGCAGAUAGUUCCAACUAUAUUGAUGCUUCUACUAAUAUAGAUCAAUUUGAAGCAUCUAGUAGAUAUGAUUGA